UCAGUAAUGAAUUACAUUCCGAGUGUAACUUGCUGAAGUUGAUAAUCUCAUGUUAAACUGUAAUUAUUAAGGAUUACGAGUAGUUGAUUAAUAAACAUUGUAAGGGAAAAUGUUGUUUAUUAUUCGGUAGUAACUUAUUAUCAGUUGUAUUUUGUAGUUUUGCAUCACGGACUGAUGAUAGACUACUGAAGAAGCAAUUGUUUUGUUCUAGAACAGGAUUUUACAGAAAUCCUCAUCCACAACCUCAUCAAUGAUCAAAUCAAAAACUUUUCAGACUUCACGGAGGGAGCUUAAUCUUUGAUUGGUUGUCUAAGUAACCUUAGUUCAUGACUAAUCCUGUGAAAUUGGAUAAUCCGUCGAUUUAUUUUCAUUUACACAUGUUAUGUGGAGUAUGUUUGAAAUUUUAUAAUUCCGCCAUGUCAUUGUUUCUGGAUCAUACUAAACUUGAACAUUUACAAGAAAAAUUAAUUAAUGUCUGUGAAUUUAUAGGACCAUUUCGUGAUCAAUGUGUAUCCCUAGUCACAUUUACAAUGUUUAAAGCAAUUAAUAAAUCUAUGGCCCAAAUCGACCCAUCGGUAUCUUGUGAAGGUUGGUAUUUAUGUUAUAGAAAAUAG